UUUCUGUGCGACAUUCCAGCGCCACUGCGCGGGGAGCUGAAAUCUGGCCUUUCUGUGGUCGUGCUAAGCUGUAUACAAAUCGAUCCCUGCACAAUGCAGCAGUAAGUCUAUUAAAGUCGUUUGCUCAACGACAGGCAUGUUCUAGUCCAAGCAAUUUAAUGCAUCGGCCAUGGAAAGCUCCGCCAUGUAGAUCCUGUGCAAGUUGCCCUCUUUCUUUGGCUGGGAGGAUGGCGUUCCAGAAGCAAUACAAUGACAAACUGUUUGACAUCUCUAGACGCGACGGGAGAUGUUUCUCAUCUCAUUAGUUAGGCGCACACCUUGCAUAGUGCGAGAAGGUCCUCGAUUGAACAGUGUGAGUGCUUUGUAGCCAGCAACCUCGUGUUGGACGUCGCUACCCAUCAUGAUGGCCUGUCCGAAAGCGUUGCUGCCCGAGUACGCUGGUUUGGCUCCGGGUCUACCAUUGUGUCAGCCACCAGCCUUCGGGUUGCACGCGUCUGCCUUCUCACCGAUUGGUCCCGCCAGCUAUGCAUAUCUGCCGACGUACAGCCCAACUAGCAAGUACGAUGUGUUUCAAGUACCCGGCGGCACAUUGGUGGUACCGAGAGAAAACACCACGCAGACACAGUUGGUGUACUCGUCCAUGCCCCAGUAUGCCUUGCUCAGCACUCCACCUUUGACACCUUUCACUCUGCCCGAAGCAUCCCUCCUCAGCCCGGGUGUUGCGGGACCUUCGCUGGGGAUCCUCGGCAGCCUGAUGGGUGCGCCUCGUACUGACACUUCGUUCGCGACGACGUACGCGACCUUGCCGGACUUGGGCCCCACGUACCUCCCGUCAACUUUCCCCGAACCUCCAAUGUUGCCUACCUGCGCACAGUCCCAGUGUGUACAACAGCCCAGUUUCGGCGGGGGUCUUCUCACGGAAGGGCAGGGCGCCUUCGGUGCCUUUGAACCCCCCGAGAAGCCGGCGUUUGCACGACCGGGGUUGCCCGCACCGCAGCCUCUGCUUCCCUGCAUUCGGCCACAACUCUCACCCGAUCGCCCGCUUUGCGGAGACCUCCAAGUUCAGCCCUCGCCGUCUCACCGAGACCUCUCUGUACAGCCGUGCCCCGAAUUAGCCGCCCAGCCCGUGCAGUCCCACCUAGAGCUAGCCAUUCAACCUGCGCAACCGCGAGACCUUCAGCCUCACCAUCGAGAGUUACCCAUCCAACCUGUGCCACAUCACCGAAAGCCACCCACAUUAUCAUCACAAAAUGAACCUGUUCCAAAGUACCUGCAUCACCUUCAACCUAAGCCUUCCGAACCGGACCUCCCCGCGCAUCCCCUACAGCAACAACAACUGCCGGGGAUGGAAUCGCGGCCCGCAUCGCCCGUCGCGAGCCAGGAGCCGCUGGAAACUCCGCAGUGGAAUGUGCGAGACAUUCCGAUCGACAGUUCUGCAUUUCAGAACAGCCAAGGGAGCCUUGCCAAACUUGAGAAACUCUCCAUGGAGCGGCCUUGCAAGAAUUGGCUGCCCAAGGAGAAGGAGCUGCGCACGGCGGACGUCGUCCGGUGCACCCCGUUGACGCGGGACGUGUACGCGUUUGACUCGGACGAGGAGAGCGGAGGAGGGGCGCUUCGUCUGAAAUUGGUCAAGCGGCACGAGGACCGGACGGCCAGGUACUGCUACGGCGGAAGCGCCCGCACGCAGCCUUUUCGGCGCCGAGCCAGUUACGACAUGUUCGACUUCCUCGCGUCCGUGCAUCGACCCGCUCCGACGUUCCAGGGCGGAAGCGAAGAAGACUGCAACGAAGAAGCGGUCAGGCGCAGGGCGCCGCAGGACAAGGAGUUGGCCACGAUAAUGAGCUUCCAGGCGUUGAAACUGACCGCCCGGUCAACCGUCGGCGUGUACCGGUCGUUGAUCCACGGCCGAGGACUGUACUCCAAGAGGGACAUCGACGCGGGCGAGAUGGUGAUCGAGUACGCGGGCGAGGUGAUCCGGUCGGUGCUGACGGACAAGCGCGAGCGGCUCUACGAGAGUCGCGGAAUCGGCUGCUACAUGUUCCGCAUGGACGAGGACGAGGUGGUGGACGCGACGACGCGGGGCAACGCGGCCAGGUUCAUCAACCACUCCUGCGACCCCAACUGCUACUCGAAGGUGAUCGCCAUCUUCGGGCAGAAGCACAUCGUGAUAUUCGCGCUGCGGAAGAUCUACAAAGGAGAAGAGCUGACGUACGAUUACAAGUUCCCCAAGGAGGACGUCAAGAUCCCCUGCUCGUGCGGGGCGCGUCGUUGCCGGAAGUUCCUCAACUGAGCCAGUGCCUUGGAACGAAGAAAACUGGCCGUGAGGAAAAUUCACUGCCCUUUUCAAGACUUGACUUGUGAUAGAGCUGGUAGGACAUGUUGUACAAAAUGGAGUGUGUUUGUGCUGUAGGAGGAAAGUCAUUCUGCCUUCAGUCCAUCCUAUCUUAAAGGGCUGCUCCAGCAUUGACGACGGCUCGCUGCCAGUCGGAGGCAGCGUGAAACGAACAUUAGGAAGAAAAUUUCUCGGCACGUAUGUGCACCGGGUGUCUCAGUUGAAUCCCCGGGCUAAAUAAUUCGCGAACCGGUGCACCAAUCGAAGAACUUCCU